GGACACUCACAGUGAACAUUUUGAUGAUGGCGGGACAAACACACCUUCAGCUUGGUGCUACAUCUGACCCUGCUCUUACUGCUCUAUAAGGAGGACCUGAGUGUGUGUGUGUGUGUGUGUGUGUGGGCGCACGAGUAAGUGAGUGAGUGUGUGUGUGUGUGUGUGUGUGUGUGUGAGACAGUGAUGGACGCCACACAGGAAGGUUCUGGUUGGUGUGGUGGUUGUGAGAAGGAGAAUGGGUCGAGUUACUGGGAUUAUUCGGAUUACUGGUCCGGACUUUCCUCAGCCUUUAGCCACUCUGAACUGGUUGCCGUGACGACACUGUGUGUGCCCCUGCUGGUACUUGGCCUGAUGGGUAAUAUUUUAACCAUACUGGUGGUAUGGCUCCGCCCCCAGAUGAGGAGCACCACUUACUUUUACCUGAGCAGCAUGGCGAUGUCGGAUAUCAUGAUGUUGGUGCUGAUGCCCCUCGACCUAUACAAGCUGUGGUGGUACCGCCCCUGGUUUUUGGGGGACGCAGUGUGUAAACUCUCUCAGUUUGUGAGCGAGUGCUGCACCUUCUCCUCCAUCCUGCACAUGACUGCUCUGGGGGCGGAGCGUUAUGUGGGCGUGUGUUUUCCUCUCAGAGCCCGCCUCCUGGUGACACGGGGGCGUGUCCGUGUGCUUAUUGGUGCACUUUGGGGCGUGGCUGCCCUGAGCGCGGGCCCUGUGUUGGUGCUGGUAGGGGCGGAGCCUGUGGAUGGUAACCUGACAGAGUGCCGUGUGACCCGCUGGGCGGAGUCUUCGGGGCUGAUGGUGGCCAUGUUGUGGCUCUCAAACCUGUACUUCAUCGUCCCACUGACCACAUUGACGCUCCUCUACACCCUCAUCGCCCGCAGACUACGCCAGCGCAGACAUGUCCCCCGAGACCAUGCCCACCGCCAGACCCUGCGCAUGAUGGCGCCGCCGUCAACCCUCUGCUCUACAACAUCAUGUCCUCCCGUUACCGUGACAACGUCCGUGCCCUGCUUCGCCCCCGCACACGACCCCUGCCGGCCCCCUCCCCUUCCAGCACACACUUCUGACCAGUGUGUGUGUGUGUGUGUGACGUCAUGCAAAUGGUUUCUGGGAAGAUUUUGGUGCUCACCAGGAAUAGAAGGCCUCAGAGGACACCUCUGUGUGUGUGAUAUGGACCUCAGAGCUGGAGCUCACGUGGUUCUAACAGUAUGAGGCUCCUCAGCUCUAAUAACCCCCACAGUCACAGUCAGACAGAAUUUAAACCGUUUGCAUUGUUAUGAUGAUAAACAGUAGUUCGGGUCACGGCGUGAAGUAAACCAUGACUGUGUUUUAAUAAAAGCUGCUUGGUUGCCAUGGAAACUGACAAUGAGGUUUAUUGAAUGUGUGUGUGUGUGUGUGUGUGUGUGUCCAGUAACUACUGGAUACAUAGUGUGUUAUGCUUGUGUAUAUCGCAGCCCUGGUGUGUGUGCUGUAUCAAAGCGCAGCGAGGAACGCAGGGAGGAACGCAGAGGGGAACGCAGGGAGAAACGCAGGGGAAACGCAGGGAGGAAUGCAGGAAGGAACGCAGCACGCUGAGGGAGCAGAAGGUGUUUUGUCACGUGCGAGCGUUUACGUCUCCUCUUCUCAGUUUACAUUAAAACAUCAGAGCGAAAGAGUUUCAAACACAUUUUAAUGAAUUCUCAUUAAUUAGCAAAAACCUGAACACAAGGAAAUGAACAUUUCAGUAAAAACAUCUGAAGCCACGAUAAAGUUCAUAAAUAAACUCAACACCUGCACACAUCCUACAUCACCUGCUCAUGCAAAAGCCUGCAGUGAGAAUCAUGCGAAAAUACACACACACACACACACACACACACACACACACACACACACACAGCUGUUAAAUAGAAUCUAUAAUUCUCCACUGCUCUUUAUAAUGUACAAUAUUUACACAUUAAUGCAUCAUAUAAACACGCAGUGCUGAAGUGCAACACAAUUCAUAUGUAUAACAAACUGCAACACAAUGCAAGCAAAACAGGCUACUGUGUGUGUGUGUUUGUGUGUGUGUUUGUGUGUGUGUGUGAGAGACUGCAUUAAGACUUCAAGGCACUGCACAAAAAUCAUGUAUGAAAUAAAAAUCUCUCCUCAGUGUAUUUGGAGGUGAAGCUGAAAAUUUGUGGAUUAAAUGAAAAUAAAAGUCUGAGCUCCACAUCUUCAUCACAGAGAGCAACACCAUCCAUCAUCUCACCCUCGAUCUGAGCUCCUUCACAAACUUCUUCCUUUUUAUUAUUCACUGAUCGAUAUAAAAAUAUGGUGAAUAAAAUUUUAAAUUUAAUACAAAUCUGAAUGAAAUAGGUGACGCGGUGUGAAGCUCAGAGAUGAUCCACAGUAAACCCUGCGAGAAUCCUCCAGCCUCCAGCGGUUUUCCUGAAGCAGAAACAUCUGCACUUCUUUAAAACCAGAUUGGAAUUGAAAUCUCUGAUAAUCUGACAAAAAUACUGGAUUUGUACUUUUCAUAUGAACAAUAUUUAAAUUUCACCUUGAAUUAUUAUGAUGUAAUCACAUCCUACUCCCUUUAUCCUCCCCCCUCUUCAUCAUCCUCCUUUCCUUCACCACCCCUUCAUCAUCCUCCUUUCACCCCCCCCCUUCAUCCUCUCAGCACUAAGCUCCACCUCAGGAUGAGGACGUUCUUUUGCAUCAUUUCCUGAAACAUUUGUGUGUCCGAGAGUCAAA